GCUUCAGUACUUUCACCACAUCUAAUCAGUAAUUUUAAAACAUCAGCAUCCAGAAUAUUCAAGUGUGAAUUUGUGAAAAUUUGUUCAAUCUCCUUUAGCAAGUGUUCAAAUUAUUCAUUGAGAAGUUAGCUCAAUUUAUUUACGCUUGUUUCAUCAUUUUUCUCUGUUUAUUUGUCAAUGUGCACAACUGAAUAAUAAUAACUUUCGUGAACUUUUCCUAUUGUAUAUAAUUAUAUAUAUUUAUACACAUAUAAAAAAUAAUCCAAUCAACGGGAUGGAUCAUCCAGAGCCAAUUUCCAAACGUCCUAUAGAUAUCCCACAAUGUCGUAAAGGUUUUACUUUGGAAGAAGCAAAAAGUUUUGUCGAUCAAAUUAUGGAAGUAUUUCGUAAUUUAGAUGAUAUGACAGAUCUACGUUCAAUGUAUGAAACUGGGAAACAAUUAAGUCGAUCUUAUUUCGAUUGUCAUGCGUAUCGUGUGGAAUUAGCGCAAUAUUUGACCAAUUGUGAUUAUCCUGCAUUUGCAUCGAAAAUGAUGAAAAAAUUAAAUAAUAUGGGUGUAUUUAAAAAUGAUGAUAUUUGGUUUUCUUCAUUUUAUUUCUAUAAUACAACAUGGAAUUUUUCUGAUAUCUGGCCGGAAUUUGCUACUGCUCUAGCUGUUGCUGGUCUACCGAAUCUACUCAAUUUAAAUAUUGGUCAUCAACCAUAUUUAGAGAAUUUAAGUAGUAAAAAUGUAUACUACUUAAUCAAGGCUAGUUUAUCUAUCAUACAUAAUAUAGCUCGUGUUCCAGGUAAUACACAUUAUUUUACAUCUGAAUCAGUUCGACAAGCAUUAUUACAUUUAGCUCAACGAGAAGAAGAAUUUCUACGCUGUGUUUCUACUCUUUGUUUAGCACAUAUUAUAACUGAGUCAGAAAUUCAUUUGAUUACUGACAUAUCAAAUGGUGGUGUUGAUUUGUUAAGAACUUCAUUUGGUUAUGUUACAUCGGCUCGUGUUUCGGAGAAACGAAGAUGUCAUGGAUUUCAAGUGCUUGAGUUAUUAUCUGCUGUUGCCGCUUUAUCUGUUCUUGAUCCUAUUAAAGCGACUUUAUUGUCAUCACCUGUUAAUGUGAAUUUAAUUGCUGGUACAAAUAAUCAAAGCACAGAACAUGGUAUGACAUGUUUAAGCUUACUGAAAGAAUUAAUUGAAACUGCAUUACUGCCUAAUUCUAGUCCUGUUUCUGUUAGAGAAGCAGAAGAAGCUGUUCGUAUCCUAUGGAAUACAGUUUUUGACACAUCUAUUAGUACAGGAGUUUUACAGAUGCAGUUAACAAGUUGGUUAAGUGAUACCAUGGCAAAUUAUGCAGUAGCUUUACAAUCCUAUAAAUCACUUUCACGUGCAAUUGAAUCUAUUAAUUGGCAAUUGAAUACUUGUAUUUCUAAAAAUCCUAAAAAUGAACCUACAGAAUGUGGUCCUGUAUUAUUAUGCUUUUCGCCAUCUAAUCGUAUUGCUGUUAAUCGAGUUGCUGAUCGUUUAAGAGAUGCUGGAAUAGUGCUCAAUAGUAUACCUUUUGGUCCCGAAGUAAUAUCAUCAGUAGAUGCUUCAGCAACUGGACUUACCAUGUGUGGGGCCAAUGCUACAAAUCAUGCUCAAUGGGUUGAAUCUGUUGAACAAGCUUCAGUUAUGAUUGCAUUUUUAAGUGAUUCAUUUCGUCUAAGUCCUGGUUGUCGAUGGGAAGUGGAACAUUUUACUAGUUUUGAUACUAGCCUGUACUCAAAACCUAUAAUUCCUGUUAUACUGCAGCCAAAAUUUAAGUUGACCGGUUGGUUGACUCGUCUUAUUACUCAAUACCCAAUUGAUUUCAAUGGUAAACGUGAUCCAGAAGCAAGUUAUGAUGCUCUAAUCAAUCAAGUAAAGGAAUCUUACGGAGAAGCAAAGAAGCGCGCAGAGGCUGCUGCCGUGGUUGCUCCACAACACCAAUUAUCUGUGGAUGCUAAAAAACACUUGACGACCUCAGGCGACACUGGAUUCCCUGGAAUACCUAAUGCAGACAUAGCCGUGAACCACAUCAACGCUAGCCCUAUAUUGAGUAGUCGGGGUUCCCUAGGUCUGUCCUCCAGCAUUAAACGUGAAGAGGCACUUCCCUUAACUAGUCAAGCAGGACUGCCGAGAAUUUGCAAUCAAAAUAUGAUUCCAAUGCAAUCGAAUGUUACAUCCCAACCUUUGGCAACCAAUGCUUGGCGUCAUGCUAUUCGUCCGUCAGUUCGUAAUUGGUCAACCUGCAAAGUUGCUUCAUGGUUGAAAUUUCGUAGAUUGGGCCACGUACCUUCUCAAAUCGCUGGUGGUAUAGAUGGUAUAUUAUUAUCUCAGUUAGCUGGGUUACGUAUUUGGGCUCCCGAUUACUUCACCCAGUGUCUACGAUCUGAACUAGGUCUUGAUUUCGCUGAUUCCCUACGCUUUUUAGAAGCACUGGAUGAGCUUGCUCCAGAAGGCGGUGAUAGCCAUGAUGAAGAUGCUGAUGAUUGUGUAGACGGGCGUCCUCAUUUUGGAAAUCAUGAUGGAACAUCUAGAGCAUAGUAGUUUGUUUGUUCUUGUCUGUUGCCGCAAAUCGUUGGUCUCGUGGAAUGGAUAUUUCAGUAGAGUUCGCAUUUUUUUGAAAAAAUGAGAUGUUUUUUUUGUGAACCCGGCUCACUCAAGAUAUGUUACUGUACACUGUAGUUGAGAAAACCUCAUAAUAAAUAAUUUCACUCAGUUAACAUUGUGUUCUAUCAUUGUUUCCUUUAUUCACUCCAACAGUGUGCUGUUUUUUCCUCUCUGUUUUUUUUCUUGUUCUCUGGUCUAUUUGAUUCCGAUUUUCUAGUAAAACAAAACCUGAACAGAUUACCCAUUUAAUUUACAAUAAAUUAUGUUCAUUCCUUUAUAUAUUACUAUGAAAUGAUUGAUUAACACUACAUGUUCUGCUGCAUUCGUUUACUAUUCUGUUACAUAUAUAGUGUUGUUUAAUUUCACUUGUUUCUUUUUUGUUUGUUUGCAUUUUUGUCAAAUAUGAUGAUGUAUGUAUAAUGUCAAUGAAUGAUUUGUUAUUCCUUCAUUUGUAAUCUGAUCUGGCAUGUGUACAAUUUCCAAGUGUAAAAAUUCAUGAAAUCUAAUUAUCCUAAUGUAAUCGAUCUUUUGAUGAGUAAGGCUAAUAUUUUCAACAACAGUUUUCCCCUAAUAUCACUGUUGUUAAACACUUUUGUUGUCAAUAAUAUAAGUUUGUGAAUUUUCCUCACAUACUCACUCUUUCUCUCUCUAUCUCUCUAGCAUACACAAUACAAUAAAUGCAUUUGAUUAGUUGAAAGAAACGGGGAUUAAGAGUAUUUUUUUUGUUCUUUUUCUCAAUUACACAAUUUUCCUCUGAUUUUGUUUUGUAAAAUUUGUUCAUUAUUAUGAUUAUGAUGAUUAUGAUCAUCGUUACAUUGUAUUGAUGGAUUUUCUCAAGCCAGUUCUACUUCAUUCAUUUUUGAUCAUAUUUUGUUUUCUAAAUAAAAUUAAUCAUAAAAUUGUUUAACUGUUGUAGUUAGUUAAUUGAAACCAAUCAAAUAACCUCUUCCUAAUACUGCUUCUAAAUAAUAGUACAAAUAAUACUUACUCUACCUCUAUUCGUAACAAUUCAUAUACAUAGAUACAUAACUUAAAUAUAUAUACAUAUAUGAAUUCAUUGUAUAUUCGUCAGUACACUAUUGUUAUACUAUUUAACAAAUUUUUAAUCGUUUAUACUACUUACUAACUAGUAAGAACAUUAGUUGAUUAUUAUUGACAAUGGCAAGCGAUGAUGAACAAAACUACUUCAAACUAUAAAUCUGUAUAACGCAAUCAUAAAUUGAAUUGUAUUUUCUCAAAAUUCAAAUAAACUAUUGUCUUUUUCUUUGAGAAGAAAAAAGAAAAACAACCCGAUUUCCUUUAUUACAAUAUACAAUGUAUUGUAUGUGUGUGUAGUAUUUGUAGAUUCUUUGUCUUUUUAUAGGACUUUCGCUCCAGUGUACUAGUGUACUUGUUAAUUAAAUUCACUGGAAAUGCGCAUCAAACAAUUACAAUAUUAUUAUUAUUACUAUUAUUAUUAUUAUUAUU